AUUUUUGGGUCUCUUUUUACAGGAUCUAUAUCUGUAUGUCAUGGUGUAAAGCUAUUUGAGGAAAGACAAUGAGCAGAGGAGCAGUAGCAACAGAAUCCAUCGGAGACGACAAAAUGAGUGGGCUUUGCCAGGAGUUGUUAUUACCUGGCUCAGGAAUUGCAGGAAAUGAAGACAGCCAUGGCAUCUCAAGUGAAAGUCUACCAGUGGGACAGAAUUUGCUCUUAACAGAGGCUUCUGUUGUAGGUACAGAAACAGGUGGUAUUGAAAUAUUUGUAGAAACCAUGAGUAGCACCAUGGCUGUCAACAAUCCAGGUAACCCAACAGAGGUCUUAGUCAAAGUUGUGGAACUCUAUUUUUGUGAACAGUGUGGACGAAGCUUCCCUGAUCCCAGCCUUCUCUCCCAGCAUCAGUGUGGUGAGCUUUUCAGAUGACAAUUUGCAAAACUUCCUCAUCUCCAAGGGUUAUCCUUAAGCCUCACUAAUUAAAACUUACCUGUUUCAGGAGAACAGUCAACUGUUGGCCAGGCAGAAGGGCAGAACUUUCUGGAUGGAAUUAGACAAGACCCUCAAUUCUGCACUGAACCUCUCCUGUGUCCUAUAUGUCAGAUGGAAUUUGCACUGCCUACUGAGCUGAAAGAGCACUUUAAGGAGCACCACAAACCCCAGGGUGCUCAAGGCUGUCCUGAGGAGGGCUGUCAGUAUAGUUCAGAGGAUCGCAAGGAGCUCCGAGGACACCUUCGGCAUGCUCACCAGGUAUCACCCAUAGCCUGUACAUACCGUGGCUGCCCAGUUUUGUUCCGAAACCAUGAGGACAUGGAGCUUCAUCGUAGGAACCACUUCCCAUUUCAUUGUGACCAUUGUGACUUUAUCAGUGCAAACAUUAAGCAGUUUGGGCUCCACAGGCAAAUCCAUCUGGAUGAAGCUAUACAGCAGGACAUAGAGACAGUUGCUGAAAACUUGGAAGACAAAUUCCCUACUAUAAUGAAAAAGGGAUUGACGGAUAAUCUGCUUCUAAACACAGGAAAUGCCACCGAGGAGUCCAAAUAUUUGUUCAAGACCCACAUGUGCCCAGAAUGUAAGCGCUGCUUCAAGAAGCGGACCCACUUGGUAGAACAUCUUCACCUCCACUUCCCAGAUCCCAGGCUGCAGUGCCCAAAUUGUCAGAAAUUCUUCACUAGCAAGAGCAAACUGAAGAUCCACAUGAUGCGUGAAACCGGAGAGAAAGCCCAUCGCUGUCCAUUGUGCCACUACAGCUCAGUUGAGAAGAAUGCCCUCAACAGGCACAUGGCCAGCAUGCACGAGGGCAUCUCCAAUUUCUAUUCAGACGUAUACUCUUGUCCUGUGUGCAAAGAGAAGUUUAAACUAAGCCAGACCCUCAAGGAACAUCUGAAGACCCACAAGACAGAGCCCAAGCAAUUGAGCUGCUUUCAGGCCGGCUGCAGUUACGCCACGGAAGAUCGCAAGGAGUUUCUGAGGCACGUCAAGGAGGUUCACGGCAUUAAAGCAGUGGAGUGCAAGUAUUAUGCCUGCUCUCUUCUUUUCCCCUCGACGGAGAUUAUGGAGACCCAUCGUAAAACCCAUUAUGCCUUCCAUUGCCAACAGUGUGACUUUAUUUGUUCCAACAAGCAUGUCUUCCGCAAGCAUAAAAAGCAAGGCCACCCAGGGAAUGAGGAACUCCAGUGCAGCUUCUGCCCCUUUGCCACAUUUAACUCAGUGGAAUUCCACGAUCACGUUGGCAAGAUGCAUGCCAGUGAGAAGAUCCACAAAUGCACAGAAUGCGGCUUCGCCACCGCACACAAGAGGGUUCUCAUCCGCCAUAUGCUUCUCCAUACAGGAGAGAAGCCUCACAAAUGCCAACUCUGCGACUUCACUUGCCGAGAUGUGAGCUACCUUUCCAAGCAUAUGCUGACCCACUCUGACGACAAGAACUACAUGUGCACAGAAUGUGGCUAUGUGACAAAGUGGAAGCACUACUUGAAUGUUCACAUGCGGAAGCACACGGGCGAUCUCAGGUACCAAUGUAACCAGUGUCCCUAUCGUUGCCAUCGGGCUGAUCAACUGAGCAGCCACAAGUUGCGCCAUCAGGGCAAGUCUUUGAUUUGUGAGAUCUGUGGCUUUGCUUGCAAGCGCAAAUACGAGCUGCAGAAGCACAUGAAGUCCAAACACUCCCAGGAUUAUCAGAUACCCAUCUUUCAGUGCCAAUAUUGCAGCUACCAGACCAAAUACAAGCAAGCCCUGCUGAACCACGAGAACUGCAAGCAUACCAAACAGAGAGAAUUCUGUUGUGCCCUGUGCACUUACCGUACUUUCAGCAACACUAGUCUCUUUUUCCAUAAGCGGAAGGUUCACGGCUAUGUGCCUGGCGACAAAGGCUGGCAGGAGAACUAUGCCAGCAGAGAGCUGGAGGUUUCCUCCACUGAAGUGCUGUUUAGCUACAACCUUGCCAUGACUCUGCAUUCGGAGUCAAGUCCCUCUCUGCCUGGGAAGGAACCAUGUCAGGAUAAACACAAAUUCCCUGCUUUGGAGGCCCAGGAAGAAAACUUCCCUCAGAAGCCCCUCUGUUCAGAUGAAGGCAGCACUGAGACGGAAAGAGAAGAAUCGGCGGGAGAACAAGAUUAUAAGGACACAGAAGUGGUUUCUUCCAAAGUCGUCUCUGUGAACGCGUCUUCGGAGAGUCCAGAGGAACUGGGCAAGUCUGCUCAAAGUUGCAUCCUGCACUUAGAGCCCUUGUGUGACUCGGAGCCAGCUCUGGAGCAGCUGGCCAAAGGAAUGCCUGCAGCUUUGUCGGAGAAUGAAAAAGCUCUAAACGUCCAGGAAGUAGAAUCCACUUACCGAGUGUUGGGUUCCAAGGAUUCACUUCUCCUGGAGGAGAGUGAACCCACCCUUGAAGAUAUUCCUGAAUUUGGAGAAGAAGCAGAGAUCCGCGACAGCGCAGAUUUGGAGAAAAAUAACAGCUUUGAUACUGGUGGAAAUAGAGAAAAAGAUGCUCUUCAGAAUUUAAAGAACAGUAGCGGCGAUAGCCAGAAUGCGGAACUUUUGCAGAUCCCGCUUAGUUCUGAGCAGAAUUUAGGGUACAAAGAGUCAGAGCCUUGGUCAGGGGUGCUGAAACAAGAUCCCCUCCAACUUGAUAGUAGCCCUGAAGCCUCCCUCGCUCCAGAAGACGCCCUUUCUUCAGAAGAGGGUUUCCCGUCAGAAUCAGUGCUUAAAGCUUUAAGGAGGCAGGACAAAGAGCAGGCGGAGACCUUGGUCCUUGAAGGCAGAGUGCAGAUGUUGGUAGUCCAGUCCAAGAGUCAGGUCUUCAAAUGUGAGAAAUGUUCCUACAUCACCAGGAAGGAGAAGUCAAUGUUGGUGCACUGCAAGGCUGAUUGCCAAAGCAAGAAAUGCCCUUUGGUGUGCCAGGAGUGUGGAGCCACCUUUAAGCAGCAGAGGGGACUGAAUACUCAUCUCCGCAAGAAAUGUCCAAUUCUAAUGAAAAAGAACAGUGGAAGUGCGGUUUGCUUAGAGCAACCUGCUGCUGUACUGCCCUGCAGCAGGACUCUGGAAAGAAUAGCAAUCGGAAAGAAUAGUACAGGAAUCCUAGAUGAGGCAGAGGUAAACAACCUGCCAGAAGCUUCCUGGGAAGUAGAACUCAGGCCUGUUAAUGCUGAAUCUAUGCCUACCGUACUUCCUGAUGCACCAUCUUUGGCCGUCAGCCCGCAGGAUAAGUCAUCUCAUCGUGAUUCUGAAUCUGUGGGAGAAGAAACCUUGUCAGAGACUGUGACGGGGGCUGCCAGCCGUGCCUCAGAGAGAUACUUCCUGGAACAAGGCAAGUUCCAUUGUAAGUCCUGCUCCUUCCUCUGUUCAAGAGAAUCCACCAUCCGCUCUCACGUAGAGGAUAGCUGCCGUGGCUUGGAACAGUUCUGGUGCCUUCUGUGCUGCAAGCCUUUUCGUUCUAAGAGGGCACUCAAGAUCCACCAGUCAGAGGGACAUGCUGAAGCUCUCCUGCCUAGCCUGCUUGAAGGGUCUAACAGCACUACAUCCCCAGGGGUUGUAGCAGAACAAAGAAAUGAACACAGCUGUGAAGAAAAGCACCAACCUUCUGAGCUAGCAGGAGUAAUACCUUCACCUCCAGUUACCCCCCAUAAGAGACGCCAUUUCUCCUGCCCUACCUGCCCUUUCACAUGUCACCAGGAACGGGCUUUGAAGACCCACAAAAAGCGUGGCUGCCUGAAGCUGGGUGAGUUUCGCUGCACACUGUGUCCUUUUACCUCCAAGGCUGCUGCUGCUCUACGACUCCACCGCAAGCUCCAUCGGAAGUAUCUCAAAGCCCGUCCUCAGUUGACCUGCCGCCAGUCACUGAAGUGGACGUUCGUCCACGCGACGGAGGCGGUCGUGCAGGCGUAGUUCGUACUUCCACACUUCGGAGUGUUCACGGGAAUGACACUAAAGUCGUGGUGGGCCGCAAUGGCGAACCUACGGGUGGUCAGGAACGUGUGGCCGCACCCGGCGUAGCGGACAUGACGAACACCGGUCUGAAAACCGUGGUUAAGGUUGCUGCGCAUUCACCACUUACGUGUCCACGAGAAGAAGCCCACCCACUUCUGCCCAUUCUGUGACUACAGUGGCUAUAUCCAGAAUGACAUCACUCGCCAUGUCAGCAGCUGCCAUCGAGGGGAGCUGAAUUUUGCUUGCUCCCGCUGUGACGCUCGCUUCAGUUCCGAAACAGCCCUGAAGCAACACACCCUGCGACAGCAUGAAGAAAAGAUCUCCUAUGGCUGCCCUCGAUGUGCCUUUGUCUGCCACAGUGAGGCCACCCUCAAGUGCCAUAUCCAGAAGCAGCACCCACAUCUGGAAUGUGCUACCUGUAAGGAGACUCUAACUACUCGGGAAGAGUUGGAAGAGCACAAGAAACUCCACUUCAGUCACCGCUGUGACAUCUGCAGUUUUGCAGCCAAGGAACGGCAGCAGUUAGUGAGCCACUAUUUGGAGGCCCAUGAGCCCUCGGUAGGCGCCGAACCUCCAUUCAAAUGCACGUUCUGUGACUUUGGUUGUCAUCAUCAGCUGGUCUAUGACCAUCACAUGAAAGGCCACGGGGGGACCCGCGUCUAUAAAUGCGCUGACUGUGAAUACACCACCAAGAACAAGCAAAAGAUCACCUGGCAUAUCCGCAUCCAUACUGGGGAGAAACCUUACAAAUGCCACCAGUGCCAGUAUGCCUGUGCCGACCCUUCACGCCUCAAGUAUCAUAUGCGUAUCCAUAAAGAGGAGCGAAAGUAUCUUUGCCCGGAAUGUGGCUACAAGUGCAAGUGGGUGAAUCAGCUGAAGUACCACAUGACAAAGCACACAGGGAUCAAGCCAUACCAGUGUGAUGAGUGUAAGUACUGUACCAACCGUGCUGAUGCCCUGCGUAUUCACAAGGAGACACGACAUCGUGAUGCCCGUUCUUUCAUCUGUGAGCAAUGCGGGAAGGCCUUCAAGACUCGGUUCCUCCUCAAGACACAUCUAAAAAAGCAUAGUGAAGAAAAGCCCUACAUCUGCAACGUGUGUUUCCGUGGUUUCCGGUGGGCAGCUGGCCUGCGGCAUCACUAUCUCAUUCACACAAAUGAGCACCCUUUCUUCUGCCGUUUCUGCAGCUACAAGGCAAAGCAGAAGUUCCAAGUGAUAAAACAUUUGCAGAAGCACCAUCCUGAGCGAGAAGAAAUAGAAGGGGAUCUCAGCAAAGGGGUGGGCAAGGACCCAAGUAUUCUUGGUGUCCACCUGCAUGAUGUUCAGCUUGAGAUUUCCUCCUCCAGGCACCUAGAGGAAAAUGUGGCUCGAAUGUCUCCACAGGACUAAGGACUUCUACGUCAAGACUGCUGUAGUUUCCAUGAGCCAGAAUUGGGUGGAAGUUCUUGCCCAGCAGUAUGUGAGGUCUGGCUUGAGAUGCUUGGUUACCACCUGUCUGUUCUCUCGUGUUUAUAUUUAUCUCUGUAUAUGGAAUGUAAAAUAUGUGAUUAUAUACAGUA